AUGGUUCUGCUCGACUGUGAAGAGUUUCUCCAGGAACUGACUAAAAUGGUCACCGAGGAUUCCAAAGAUUCCAGCAAGUCGCUCUGGAUUACGUACAAAAGAUCCCACUUUAACCCGUUCACUUCAGAUAUCCCAAAUACGCGGACCUGGAAGCGGAAGAAGGCCGCCGAUCCCGUUUCUGACGAGGAGCCGGUCUGCCUAAUUCGCGCCAAGAUCGGUAAACGCAAAAUAAGCACAUACGUCACAAACUCAAUUUCUGAGAAUUUUACCAACGCGCUGAAUCACAUAUCGGAAUCGAUGGCCGAAGGCACCUGA